AUGACAGCGUGUUUGCGCUUCACUCAAAGAGUUUGGAAGUCCUUCUUGGAAAAUUGUGGACAUGAUGCAAGAUGCUUCCCAAAUCUUCAGAUUCAGAGGGCCGUUCCGGGAACGAUCGAAUGCACUCUUCAGACUGUCCACGGAGGACUUAUUCUGUCUCUCGUCGACACUGUCGGCUCGCUCGCCGUGGCAAGCAAGGGUCACUUCAUGACUGGGGUUUCAGUCGAUAUCAAUGGAAGCUUUCUCAGGCCGGCUGGCAUUGCUGGUGAUACCUUACACGUAAGGGGGAGGGUAGUCGGCUUUGGCAAAACGCUCGCCUACACGAGGAUCGACGUCGAGGAUUCGGCAGGGAAGCUUGUUGCAUAUGGAAGCCAUACCAAGUAUAUAGCCAGUAUUAUCGGACGUGCGGAUAACGUCAAGUUUCUGGAAAAUGGUGAUCAGGUGAUUGAGGGCUCUUGA